GCUAACCGUUCCUGACAGAUAAAACUGGUAGCGUUUAAUUUGAAUAAUAUGAAGUUUUGCUGCUUACUCGUUAAUCCCAUUUCGACCAUGGUGGGUUUGUUUUGUGCCGUGCUUCUCCGGUUAUUCGCGUUCUGUUCGAAUAGUGGAACCAACGAGGAGACUCUUGUAUUAGUGCAUGUGUUAUUUCGACAUGGCGAAAGGACCGUGGACCCAUCAACGUUAUAUCCAACUGAUCCUUACAAAGAUGAAAAAUAUUAUCCUUAUGGAGUAGGACAAUUGACUAACGCAGGAAAAAUUACAGAAUACAAAAUCGGCAAAGCUCUACGGAAGCGUUACGACAACUUUCUCGGCAGAGUAUACGAACCAGACCUACUAGAUGCCCAAAGUACUGAUGUCAACAGGACAAAAAUGUCCUUGGAGCUUGUCCUGGCAGGUCUAUUUCCACCUAUUGGAGACCAAAUUUUCGAAACAGGAUUGUAUUGGCAACCUAUUCCGUAUAAUUUUAUCCCAAAAGGUCAAGAUAAUAUUCUCUUAGGUAUUCUCUGUCCUAACUAUGAGAAAUACUAUAACAGAUUAAUGAAAUCAAAGAAGUGGCAACGAGAAUUCUUCGAACGCAGAGAACUUUUCAAUUAUCUCUCUUUUCACAGUGGAUGGAACAUAAGCAAUUAUGGAGAUAUAUUUUACUUGUAUUUUGGUUUAAGAUCCGAAAAAGAAUGGGGGUUUGAGUUGCCGGAGUGGACCAAGCUUGUUUAUCCACAGCCGUUGGAGGACAUGGUGAUAAAGGAAUAUUUUGUGGCUACCAGCACAACGAAUUUGAGGAGACUUGCUACAGGUUAUCACCUAAGAAAAAUCUUAGACGAUACAAAAGCAAAAAUUGAAGGCACUCUAAAACCUCCCAGUAGAAAAAUAUUUUUGUACUCAGCACACGAGUCAAACGUCGCCAACUUUUUAACAACCUUGGACAUAUUUGAGCCGCAAAUACCGCCUUAUGGUUGUUACAUAUUGGUAGAAGUCCACCAAAUAAAUGGCAUUUACGGAAUAAAGAUAUUUUACCAGGACUAUAUUGGAGAUGGCCCGAAGUUGCUCAAGUUAGCAGCUUGUGAAGAAUUCUGCCCUCUAAAUAAAUUUGAAUCUUUAGUGGAAGAAUAUUUACCAGCAGACGAUUUUUGUGGAAGGGAGUAGUUAAUAAGUUUAUUAAGUGAAUCUUUCGGAUACAAAUAUUACAUCUUAUUGUUUUUUCUUUUCUAUAUUAUAUAAGUAGUCUAAAUUAAUAAUGGGUGGUUGAUUCAUUUUGGACAGAUUUUAUUAUUGAAACAUGAGGUACUUCUAAAACCAUAAUAAUAUAUUAUUUUGUCAGGUUUUAUAACAUUUUUUUAACAGUGCCUCAAGAACGGGAAAUGAUAAUUCAGUAGAAAAUGAAAACGCAUUAUUUGGCGAAAUGCACCGAAUUUUUUAUUUACCUAUUCAAUUGUGCAUUUUAUUCCUAUUAAAAGAUAAAAAAAUGAAAAGAA